ACCAGGCAGUUUUAUUUUGCUGAUUGCAUCGAACAGUUCGCUUGAGAAUGGAAUCGCCGGCCUUUGUUUUUCUUUUGCUGAUUAGCUGUCUGAUUGUGGGCUGUUGUUUGGCCGCACCCCAGGGAUGCAACGGAGGCUUCUAUUCCCAGAACGGCAACCUAGUCAUCGACCUGAAAGAUGUGAAUUCGCUGUUGAAUUGUGUUCAGCAGCAGCAUCGUCGCGGAGGAUAAUACCUUCACCUUACUGUGCUCUGCAACCUACUCUUAUGUUUAUAACCAUAAUUUAAGUGUGUACUAAAGUGUAUGAACUAAACAAUAUAAUGCUCUUAAAUUUAAAAAAUGCUGGUGGUGGUCAAUGAACUCUGUUUAAACUGGAU